AUGAAGAAAUUUAAGGAUCCUUUUGAAAUUGCAUUUGAGGAGCAAGAUGAAUCGCCCCCUGAAUCCCCCACUGGCCCUGAUGAGAAUGAAGCAAAAACUCCAGGUGCCCUCACUCUAGAUGUUAGUGGAGAUGAUGACAUCGGUAAUAAUCUUCAUCUUACAGACCCUUCAACAUCUGCAGCUGCUUCAAACUCCGUUGCAACUGCUGGCCCUGUUGGCAAGUCUAAAGAAGAAGAUGAAGAGGAAGAAGAGGAAGAGAACAUGGAUGUUGAGCUUGGCAAGUUCCCAUCUAGUGACGAUCCUGAUAAAGUGGCCACUAUGCAGACUAUUCUUUCUCAAUUUACAGAGGAACAGAUGAGUAGGUAUGAAUCAUUUCGAAGAUCUGGAUUUCAGAAAUCAAACAUGAAAAGGUUAUUGACUAGCAUAACUGGAAGUGCCAAAACUUCUAUCCCUAUGACCAUUGUGGUAUCCGGAAUAGCAAAAAUGUUUGUUGGGGAGCUUGUUGAAACUGCCAGAAUAGUGAUGGCAGAGAGAAGGGAGUCUGGGCCAAUCAGGCCAUGCCACAUGAGAGAAGCAUAUAGAAGACUAAAACUUGAAGGCAAGAUUCCAAAAAGAUCAGUGCCAAGGCUAUUCCGCUAA